UGUAUUCCGAUUGACCACAGAAUGCACUUCAUUGACAGUAACACUUGUGGUGACAAUCAGAAAGUUUUUAUCGUUAAUUGUAUCGAUAGUUUAUUUCCAAAACCCAUUUACAGCUAGUCAUUGGUUGGGAACAGUGUUAGUAUUUGUGGGAACCCUUCUCUUUGUUGACAUUCCGUUCAGAUUUUAUAAGAUUAAAAAAUA